GCACAACUGCCAUAACUAAAAUUUCUAAACACUAUCUCCAAAUCUACAAUCGGUUCCCAACAUGAUAAUUCAUAUGCACAAUGAAAUCUAGAAAACCACGUUGCAAGCUCUAGGGUAAGAAAAAGGAAAAGAAAAAAAAUAAAAAAUACAGCCUGCAGCAACUACAUAUUGAGUGAGAGAAUGAGCCAAAGAUUGACAUAAGAGAACAAUGAGGGUGACACAACAACAUUUAGGUCCUUGUUGAAGAUGACAAAACAUGGAUUAUUGCAUGAACCGUGAGCGGUUUUGUUUGGCAUGGAACACGCACGUGAAUCCAUUUCUUUUCUUCCACCUGCCCCCAAACUGUAACCAAAGGAGAAAGAGGUGUAGGGACAGCUCUUCCUGGGUCUCUCUCAUUUAUAUUGACACCAGAAUCAUAGGCAUGGGCCGGGACAUGUUUUCCCAAUCCAUCAAUCAAUAAUUCACUUUCCCUCUUCCACUGCCUCCCCAUGCUCAUCUAUUUAUUUGACCUUCACUUCCUUUUUCUUUCCCAACAACACAUUGCUUUCGUUCAUCCAUAUGAUAAUGAAAUCCUCACGUAUUCUUUUGCUCUGUCUCCUUACAACUGCUUUUUAUCUCCUCCACCAACAUUCUUCCAUUGCUUCAACUUCUUCAUCUUCUUUGAAUUUUCUUCCAGGAAGGAGACACGUGAGAGAAUUGAGCAUGUCAUUCUCCAACCGGAAAAAUGAAUACCAAGAGAUCCAGGAUGUUGAUGACGAAAUGAAGCCAUCUACAAUGCAAGAAGAUUCCAUUGCAGUAGAACACAGGAGCAGCAGCAAGAAUUUAGAAGAGAUUGUUUACCACAUCGAUUAUCAUGGAGUUAUGACUCAUCCAACUCCAACUCCCAAACACCCCAAACCCUAGGAUGCUUUAUAAGCUUUCCCUACAGAAGAGUUUAUUCAUACAUGUCUGGUAUUUCUAAUCGAUAGAUACAACAAUGUAAUAACAUAUAGUAAUAUUUUGGAUGGAAAUACUUUGCUUCAAAUUU